AUGAGCACUCCAGGCACCCCGUUCAAGGCCAUCAUCGUUGGCGGAGGCCCCAUUGGUCUGGCAGCCGCGCACGCCCUCCACCUGGCUGGUAUCGACUUUGUGGUCCUUGAGCGCCGGCCGGCCAUCUUUGAGGACCGAGGUGCCAGUCUUAUCGUCCACCCGCACACGUUCCGUGUCCUGCAGCAAUUCGGAAUCCUCGACGGUUUGUUACCACGCGGUGCGGAAUUGAACCAUCACCUGUCGUUUACUGCCGAUGGGAAUGUCUUUAGCGAGGGGCAUCGGUAUAGCCUGAUUCGUGAGAACCACGGCCAUGGCCCAGUCGCCUUCCACCGCGCAGAACUAAUCGAAAUCAUGUACAAUGGCCUCCCCGAAACCGCCAAAGCCAAGAUCCUCACGGACAAAAAACUCACCGACAUCACAACAACCGCCGACAGAGUCACGGCAACCUGCGUCGACGGCAGCACCUACCACGGCUCCAUCCUCAUCGGCGCGGACGGCGUCUACAGCAAGACGCGCCAGCUAAUGCGUGACAUCGCCCUCCGCGACAACCCAGGCCAACCAUGGGAGGACGCGCAACAUCCGUACACGGCAACAUACCAGCUCCUGUACGGCUCGUUCCCAUCACCCUCGCCGCCGGGCCAGGGGUACGACAUCCAGUCGAGCGGCAAGGCGAUCAUGUACUUUAGCGGGCCCGAGCGCGGGUGGUUCUUCCUGUACAAGCGGCUACCGGCGCCGACGAGCAAGCGGACGGAUUACACGGACAAGGACGUCGACACGCUCGCGGUUGAGUUUGCGGACUUCCCGCUGACGCGCACCGUCAAGGUCAAGGAUGUCUGGCCGCGGAUGCUGGGUGCUGGGCUGACGAAUUUGGAUGAGGGGAUUGUUAAGCGCUGGAGUUUGGGCCGUAUCGUUCUCGUUGGCGAUUCCUGCCACAAGAUGACCACGCAUCUGGGGCUGGGCUUUAACCACGGGAUACAGGAUGUCGUCGUGCUGUGUAAUAGCCUCCGGCGGGCUGUGCGGGCUGCAUCCGGUGCGAGUCCGAGUCCUGCGGUGCUUACAGCCGUCUUUGAAAAGUACCAGGCCGAUCGGAUGAGUUCUGCAUCGUCGCUUCAGGGCGAUGUCGUCAGGUCGGGGCUUGAGACGAGGAUGCACGCGUGGCAUAACUGGUGGUAUUACCUCCUUUCGCGAUACUUGUCGGUCCCGAACGUACUGGAGAAGUUGUUUAUGAGGUUUGUCAUGGCACCCGAGUUUCGCAAGGGCCAGGUGUUGGAUUAUGUUGCUGGCGAGGAGCGCAUGAGGGGGAAGAUGAGCUGGAUACAUCCCAUGAGGUCUACAGUAUAA